UUCAACAAUACGUGGCAUAGGCACGAACAUCUUCCACGUUCGCCGCCAUUUUGACAUCCAGGGAAUAGUAAUAGACUUCACUGGAAAAUAUCUUUUUUUCUUCAAUUAACGUAUAAAUAUUUAAGAAAACUGAACUUGAAAACACUGCAAAAUGGGGAAUAUGUUUGCAAAUUUAUUUAAAGGCCUAUUCGGCAAAAAAGAGAUGCGGAUAUUAAUGGUCGGUUUGGAUGCAGCUGGUAAAACUACAAUCUUGUACAAACUAAAAUUAGGCGAAAUUGUUACGACAAUUCCAACUAUUGGCUUCAAUGUGGAGACCGUAGAAUACAAAAACAUCAGUUUCACUGUGUGGGACGUCGGUGGCCAAGACAAAAUCCGACCACUGUGGAGGCAUUACUUCCAGAAUACACAGGGUCUCAUUUUCGUAGUAGACAGUAACGACCGAGAGCGUAUCGGCGAGGCCCGAGAAGAACUCAUGAGAAUGUUAAGUGAAGACGAAUUACGGGAUGCUGUCCUUUUGAUCUUCGCAAACAAACAGGACUUACCAAACGCCAUGAACGCAGCGGAGAUAACGGACAAACUGGGCCUGCACUCGCUGCGCAACCGCAACUGGUACAUCCAGGCCACGUGCGCCACCUCCGGUGACGGCCUCUACGAGGGACUCGACUGGCUCUCCAAUCAGCUCAAAAACGCCAACCGCUAAUCGCCCGUGCGCCACCAACUUACAGACAAAUCUGAUUAUUGAAAGAGACUAUGGUUUAAGAUACUUUAAAUUUAUUUGCUAAAUGAAUACAAUGUAUUUUGUGCGGAAACCUUAAUGUAUUCUGUCGUGAGAUCGAACGCGCGGCGCGCCGCAUUAACGCAUAGUUACGACAGUACAGUACAUUACAUAGAUACGACAGUUUUAUACGCGAGCCGGGGGUCAUGUAGACUAGAUAUUACUCUAGCGCGCUGCGCGUUCGAUGUCAGCCGACGUUCAACAAAUAUAAUAUAGUGUGUAAAGUUUAUGCAAAAUUACAAUUUUUUCGUUUACUUAUAUACGUCUGAAACGGUGUUAAUUCCAAUUCUCUGCGCAUUGUGAUGUGGAUAGGUAUAUUUGUAGCCGACUCGUGAUAAACUGAAUCACAUCUUAAUAUGUUUUAUAUGUAUACUAUUAUAAGUUAUCGUAAUAAAGUAUUUAAAGUGAA